UUUUUAAUCAUAAACAAUUCAAACUUUCGUAAAUUUGUUCACUGCAAAAUCAAAAUGAAAUUCUUACACAUUUUGACAUUAUUAUUGGUGGCUUUGGUGGCCUAUACCUCGGCCCAGAGAUGUGUAGGCAGACCACGCAAUCCUUCCUGUGUUGGUCCUCGACAUGUGGGUCGCCGUGGUCGCGGCUGCACUCCUCGCACCAUGUGGUAUUAUGAUGCUCGUUCUCGCCAAUGUCGUGAAUUACGUUAUUUGGGUUGUGGUGGCAACAACAAUCGCUGGUGCACUCGUGCCGCCUGUGAACAGAGAUGUCGUCGUCGUUAAAUAUCGGAUUCCAUAGAGAAAUUCUAAUUGUUUCCAAAAUAUAUAAUAAAAUAAUAUAGUUGUUGCUUAUAUCGAA